AUGUCAGACUCUGGCAACUUUCAUGAUCAAGAAGAAGAAUCUGAAACAGCGGUAAGAAUAAUUCCUGUUAAGACUGUCGUGCUUAAGUUCUCAAAUAUGAAUUGAAUAACAGACUUUCAAAAUUUCAAGUGUUUUUAUAAAGGGAUACUGUCAAUGUUAUUAUUUCAGGUUAAUACGGCUAAGCGAAGAGGGAGAGGAAGGAAGAGAACUCCUUCAAAAUUUACUUCAAAGGUAACCCUAAACACGAUCUUUUGAACGGUUUCUCUGGUAGUUUCCGUUGUAGCGCAUUGUAUUGCAUAUUUGUUUACAAUAGUGGCUGCGACUUGGUCGCGGUGGAGUUAGUUUGUCCGCGGAUUUCCUUUUGAACGCGCACUGACCUAACAAGCUCUCUGUAAUUAUCAGUGGCAAAAGUUCUUUGAUUUUCAAUUUCAGGUGACAGUCGAACAAAUAGACACCUAAAAUUUCUAUUAGAGGAAAACUGAUGAGAAGCCACAUCCUGGUCAAAAUAAAUAGGUUUAGUUGUGACAUGUAGAAAGUUCGUCCCAUCAGAGCUAUAGAUAGAAGAGAUAAUAUAAGUAGUUUAUUUGUAAUAACUUUGCUAUUAAUCAUUUGAAUGACACGAUUAUUACAAAGGAUAAUAUCAAUAAUAACAUUAAAAAGAACUAUUAGUGGUUUAAAGCAAGUUUGUUUUAAAAAUUUGUCUGUUCAUCUGUUACGUUUGUAAAUGAAAUAUGUCGAUUACUGACAAGAGUAGGUUUCGCCAUACAAGGUGUUCACUGAUUAAAAAUACUUGAAUCGUAGUGCAUGCAUGAGUUAGAUGUACAUAUUUUACCAAAUGUUUUACCAAGUCUUCCCUCCGGUCCACUAGCUAACCUAAACCUUCCCCACGUGAAGAAAGAGCCAAAAAGAGUUUGUAGGUUUGGCUAAUGGAGGCACAACUCUUUUUCUCUGAAGUGCCCCUUGUGCACACCACAAUCAUAGCAUUUUGCUUAGCCACUGUAAAACGAAGAGCCACUUCUGGAUUUAACAACAUGGCAAAUUUACCCCUCAUGAAUGGCUUUUUCCUUCAAGCAACUGUGCAGAAAUUAAGUUUAACUUCAGGCCUAAAUAAUAAACUUUGCACAAAAAGAUUUAAUAGCCAGAAUAUUUCAUGACUGCUGAGGUUUUAAAUUAAAUUUUAAAUUUUUCUGCUUAUAUUAUCCCUCCUACAGUAUGCGCGAAGAUAACAUUUUUAUACUUAUGAUUUCAUGAUGUAUUGUCCAUAUAUAUCAAACCAAAAGCAUACAUUGUGGUGGUGUGGUGGCCUCAUGGUUAGUGCGCUCGACUCUGGAUCGGGUGGUCUGGGUUUGAGCCCUGGCCAGGGUCAUUGUGUUGUGUUCUUAGGCAAGACACUUUACUCUCACAGUGCUUCUCUUCACCCAGGUGUACAAAUGGGUACCAGCAAAUGUGCUGGUGGUAACCCUGCGAUGGACUAGCACCCCAUCCAGGGGGGAGUAGCAAUACUCCUAGCUGCUUCAUGCUAAGAAACUGGAGCUAAGCACCGGCCCCAUGGGCCACUUGGGCAUUUACAAAGGCUUACUUAAAAGCAUACAUUACAAACUUCUGAUGAAAACUUAUCCCUGCAACCUCUCCAUCUUUUUUUCUUUUAAGAGCAAAAAGUCAAAGCAAAAUAAUGGAGAAAGCGAGGAUGUCUUGGUAAGCAUGAUGACUACUUCUUUUGUUUGAUAGGAGAGGUGCUUAUCUGUAAGGGGGUGUGGAUUGAAAGAAAAAUGCUAUGAUUAGUUCAAGGACUUAUCCCUUUCUCUCUUGGAUCUCAUUAAUAAUUCUCCUUACUGUCUGCCAUAUAGUUCUUGUGAUGUUAGUGAGGAGAAUUGGGUAUUGGAUCAACCAGUAAUCCCCUUGAUAUUGGGUUGAUUUUAUCUUGGUCACCCAUGCCAGUUCAAGGGUUAUUGUAUUAAAAAAUUUUGUCCUGCAGAAGUACAUGGAUACAAUUAUUGUUGCCAUGCCAUACCACUGAGGUCAUGUGAGAGAUAUCCAAACACUACAACUUGCUAGGAUAUGAUUAUCAGUGCAAUGCUUUUGUAGUACCCUUGCAAUAUGAAGUGUUUUCAUCUUGUAUUUCAAUUAUAAAGAUCUUUUUUUAAUCAUGAAUUACUAAACCCACUUUGCUGCUUAUCACUUUAAGGUGCACACAGAAAACCUUAGCUUCACAGAAAGGGCCAAUUAAGAUAUUGGAUGUCAGUGCAAUCCUUUUGUCUGUUAUAAUUAAGUUGAUUAAAUUGUGUCAAUUUCUAGUGAUGUUGAUUGACAAGCAUGAUUAAUAAAGAAUCUAUUUACUGACAAAAAGCAGGCUGUAAGGAAUUCUUAUUAAUACAAAGUUGGUGAGAUUAGGCCCCAUCCUAGCCUUCCAGAUCUUUGUUUACUUGAAAUUAUCAACAUAUUUUUGUCCCCUCUACUUAUGGGAAGUUAUAUCUUGCAUCUUUGAAAUGGCUGAUGAAAAUGUUCCUGUGCAGGUGACACCUCCAUAUACUGUGGCUCAACCUCCACAUACAGUGCCUCAGCUGCCGCAGAUUGUUACAAACCCUUCACUGCCAGCAUCUCAGCAGGCUCAUCUAUUACCUCAUCUUAUGCAUAUCACUCCUCAGCAUGCAAAAACAGUACCACAGCAUUCACAGGCAGAUCCACAGCCUUCAAAUGUGGUAUCUGAGCAUCUGCAUACAGCUCUUGGUAUCCCACCUUCAGAAACUCCAGGGGCAAGACCUCAGCCACCAUAUCCAGUACAUACACACAUAAAUGCAGUAACCCAGCCUCAGCUUCUGAGUACAGUACCACAGCCACAGCACACAGUCCCUCAGCAUCUGACAACAGGACUACUGUCCCCACCCACAGUACCUCAACCACUAGAAUCUGGACUUCAGACCCCAAAUACAGUACCACAGCAUCUACAAACUGGGCUUCAGUCCCCACAAAUCUUAACACAGCAUUCAAAUACCAUACCUCAGCCUGUAGUUCAUCAACCUCCUUGUGCUGUUCCACAGCAUUCACAAGUGCCACAUCCAUCUCCAGCUCAUGGAUCUAUUGAAGGAGUAACACCACUUCCAACCUUUUUCCAAUUUACUUUGCCUUCCAAUCUGUAUACUUCACCAGUGAUUAACAGUGCUCUGCAAACUCCUCUUCAACAAGGUGUUCCCUCUGCCUUGACAGCCCCUCAUUCAUCCACCAUGAGUAUGCUUAGUGCUCUCCAGGAUGACAAACUAUCCUUGAUCCUUCCAGUAUUAGUGAGAAUGGAGCAUAAGAUAGAUCAGAUUAUGGCGAUGAUUGGAGCUAAAUCAGCUGCUGGAGGAAAUGGGCUGCAAAUUGGAAACCAGUUGAAUAUGGCAUUGAUGGGAAACCAAUCAAGUGUCCCAAUGUCUGAAAGCCAGCCAACUGCCACGGUGGCUGACAACCAAACACGUGCAACCUCAGCACAGAAAAGCCACCAGCCAAACCAAUCAAGUUUCCCUGGGAUGGUAAAGCAUUCAAACCCAGCUACAAGAGAAACCCAAAAUAGGGCUGCAAUGCUAAAGCAACCGAAUGCAAAAAUAAUGAACACCAAUCAGUCAAAUACUAUACCGGCAGCAACACCACUGAACACUCCUCUGCGACCCACCCUAACAAACAAUACAGACAAUGGAUCUGCCUCUCAUUCCACAGAUAUAGAGGCCCCAUCUAAUACUACUUCAGCGGAAGCCCAUAUGAUUAAUACUACGCCCGACAACGAGGAAAAGGUAGAUUUUGAGAUGGAAUGCCAAGGAAGCGGUCUUAAACCACUACAAUCAGGACCUUUCGACGUCUCAAAGUCACUUCGUGGGAUCUCAGCUCGUCAACGAAUACAGCUUGAAAUGGCUAAAAUAACCGAACAGACGUUACCGGAAGAUUUAGACUUUCCCAUAUCACGUGACAACCUCAUUGCCCUGCAGGUGAAGUCAAAUUCCACAAUGAAUUUCGCUGUCCGAUUGUUACGCGAGCUCUUCACGCCAGACGAACUAUACGGCAGAAACAUUUCUGGGGUCCGAGGAAAAGACCAAGUUGACCCCACCAGGGUAGAAAUGAUUAAGGACAUAUUGUUUAAAAUUUAUCGCACAUCACCGGCAGACAAAGAACUACUGUGGAGGUACUGUCGUAAGGCGAUGGAUUCAUUUUUACGGAAGAUGCACCGCCCAGAUCUCGUAGAAGAACAGAAAUAA